AUGAAGGCACUCGUCUACGACGGCAACAACUCCGUCUCCCUGCAAGAUAAGCCGAUCCCGUCGAUUCAAGCCCCCUCGGACGCCAUCAUCAAAGUCCUCCAAACCACUAUUUGUGGCACCGACCUGCAUAUCCGUAAGGGUCAUGUCCCGACCUGCCAACCGGGCCGAACUCUCGGCCACGAAGGCGUAGGCGUCGUGCAUGCGACCGGCGAUUCCGUCACUCGCUACAAGAAGGGCGACAAAGUCCUCAUCUCAGCCAUCUCCAGCUGCGGCACGUGCGAGUACUGCCGCAGGGGGAUGUACAGCCACUGCACCACGGGAGGAUGGAUACUCGGCAACCUCAUCGACGGCACUCAGGCCGAGUAUGUGCGCGUCCCGCACGCCGAGUCAAGCCUGCACCCGGUCCCCGAGGGGGCGGACGAGGCUUCUUUGGUGAUGCUGAGCGAUAUCUUCCCCACCGGUCUCGAGUGCGGCGUCCUCUGUGGCAAAGUGCAGCCCGGGGCGACCGUUGCGGUUGUGGGCGCCGGCCCGGUUGGCCUGGCGGCUAUCAUCACGGCGCAGAUGUACUCACCGUCUCAGGUUAUCGCCAUUGACACUGACCCCAACAGACUCGAGGUGGCUAAGAAGUUCGGCGCCACGGAUGUCGUCCUCAGUUCUGGUGGUACUGUUGCCACUAUUAGGGGACAGACGGAGGGCAAGGGCUGCGAUACUGUCAUCGAGGCUGUUGGUAUUCCGGCUACGUUUGACCUCUGCCAGGAGUUGCUGGCUCCCGGUGGUGUGCUUGCUAAUGUCGGCGUCCACGGGACUAAGGUGGAUCUGCACCUUCAGAAUCUCUGGGACAAGAACAUCUGUGGGUCCUUUUAUAGAACAUCUGCCUUUAUAGAACAUCUGGCACAGGAACAUCUGGCACAGGAACAUCUACUCGUUGAUACGACGACUACUCCCAUGCUGUUGAAACUUGUUCAGUCUGGUAAACUGAAGCCGGCACAACUUAUUACCCACCACUUCAAGCUUGGCGAGAUGGAAACGGCGUAUGAGACAUUUGGUGAGGCAUCUAAGCACGGCGCUCUCAAAGUUAUAAUUGCUGUUGACUAA